AUGGCAUCGCCGCAGACCCUGCAGACCGCUGCAAACACCCUGCGCCUGGGCGCCUACCGGACCGGCGUGGCUAGCUCCAGGUCCCUCAUCCUCCACAGCACCGCGCCGCUAGCUGUCAGGCAGUCGGCCCCGGCCCUACGACAUGCCGCGGCAGCCUUUCCCUCUGGCAUCCGCAGGUACUCCCAGCAGCAACCCGGGGAGAGCAAGAUAUGGAGUUUUGAGGAUAUCCAAAAACUCGCCCAAGACCCGAAACCCAACGUUGUAGUAGUCGAUGUCCGGGAGCCAGGCGAGCUCAAGUCGACCGGCCACGUGCCGGGCGCGGUCAACAUCCCCGUGACGUCGCAGCCCGACAGCUUCCACAUCACCGAGGAGGAUUUCGAGGAUCGCUUCGGGUACCCGCGGCCGGCCAAGGACCAGGAGGUCGUCUUCUACUGCAAGGCCGGCGUGCGCAGCCGCGCCGCGGCUGGGCUGGCCAAGGACGCGGGAUGGUCCAGGGUGGGCGAGUACCCGGGCAGCUGGCUGGACUGGGCUGAGAAGGGAGGCAAGGUGGAGAGGUGA